AUGGUGAUCAGAGCAGGUGAAGCUGUGGCGUGUGAGUACUGCGGGGAUAACCAGGCAACACUCUACUGCCGGGCCGAUUCCGCCAAGCUGUGUUUGUCAUGUGACCACAACGUCCACUCAGCCAACGCCCUCUCCAAGAAGCAUCUCCGCUCGCAGAUCUGUGACAACUGCGGGUCGGAGCCCGUUUCUGUGAGGUGUGUCACCGACAACUUGGUGUUGUGCCAAGAGUGUGAUUGGGAUGCCCAUGGUAGCUGCAAUGCGUCCGCCUCGCACGACCGUGUUCCGGUCGAGGAAUUUUCGGGUUGCCCGUCGGCGCUAGAGCUGGCUUCGGCCUGGGGAUUGGAAAUUGAGGACAAGAAACCGUCGAGUUUGACUUCGGGUUCGGACCCGGGAUGGUUGGGUGGUGGGUUGUUGGAAUCUUGGAUGAGUAAGGAUGGUUUGUCCAGCUCGGUGAAUCUGCAGGAUCUGAUUGUGCCGAACGGUAAUUCGGUAGUUUACUCAAAUUGUGGUGGAGAUAUGAUGAAGAAGGGAAGCCGUGACUGUGGGAAGCAGAAGCAGGUGAUUCUGAAGCAAUUACUGGAGUUAUAUAAUCAGGAAUUGGCUGAUGGCGGUGGGGAGGAGGAUGUUGGGCCGGGCACGCCAAGGUAUCAGGGGAAUAAGAGUGGGCAAUACCAGGAACAACCACAAGAGAAGCAGCAGCAGCAAAAUGGGAGUUUUACUUCAUUGCUAAUGAUGCAAAAGCCCCUUAAUCCGAAAGAGGAAGAGAACAUGAUAUGGAAUAGAAGCAGCACAUCACAUCAUAGCGCACAGAUAUGGGAUUUUAAUUUGGGGCAAUUGAGAGGCCAAGAGGAUUCUAGUGCGCUAGAAUUGGAUUACGGUGCAAGUGACCAAUACAUGGUGCAAAAUUAUGGAAAACUACUAAAAGGUGCUUCCUUGGCAACUAGACGAGGAGUAGCAUUCCCUGGAGUAAACUUUCCAAUUGCACAUGAGAAUGCCAUACCGUUUAAUAGUACCUCAAAAUCGUGUUCAGGUUUAGCUAUGCCCAAUUGCUCUGGUGGCUCAAAAGACAUCCAUUUCGUAGAUCAUUCUGUUUUGGGGAAAAACGAAAGCACGACAGCAGCAAUAAUCAAAACUGAUAUGGAGCUUCUGGCAAAGAACAGAGGCAAGGCUAUGCAACGUUACAAGGAAAAGAAGAAAACCCGGAGAUAUGAUAAGCAUAUACGGUAUGAAUCAAGGAAAGAAAGAGCUGAUACAAGGAAACGAUUCAAAGGUCGAUUUGUGAAGGCUAGUGAAGCUCCAGAUGGAUAG